GCUUCGACGGUCUAACGUAACUGUAAAAAUGGCGACAGCCACGUUCACUUCCCCCCGUCAUCUUCCCAACUCCAUCUUCCUCAAGCCACUGCCCAAACGGCCACUUUCUUCUCUUCCUUCCAUGAAAGCCGUACCCAUUCCAACUUAUCCUCACUGGUCCAUCACCCAGAAAUGACCACGACCCGCCGCCGAACCCUUUCCGGGCUCGUUCAUUCUCCAGCUCUUCUCCUGCUUACGUCUCUGCUUCUCCUCAUACUCGCCGCCGGAUUCGCAUCUGGGUUCGGCUCGAUGGGGCCUAUAUCCGCCGCGUUCGGCGCCGACGCCUUCUUCUGCGCCAUUGACGCCAGCGGCAAGCAGGCUGUGAUCUGCUGGGGCCAGAACGCCACCAGAUCUCCGUCUCCCUCGUCCCCGAACCCGUCGGUGUAUUCCUCCUACAUCCCUUCCAUGGCUGCUCUAUCCGGCGGCGACGGGUUUAUGUGCGGCAUUUUGUCGAGCUCCUCGCAAGCGUACUGCUGGAGUUUGAAUGGUUCGAGUACUGAUCUCAUUCCCCCCACCUUCCAAACAACUGUCUAUUCGCAAAUCGCUGCCGGUAAAGAUCAUGUUUGUGCUAUUAGGGGCUCGUACUAUUCUGAUAACGAUUUGGGAACUGUUGACUGCUGGGACAUUGUCAAAAAAGCAGAUAACAGUUUGAGUUCAAAACAGAGUGCUCUGUUUUAUGAUCCCAAUGUUAGUACGCUUGUUUUCAAAAAAGUUGUUUCCGGCGAAGGAUUCAGUUGUGGUAGUGUUAGAGAAGGUGGAAUGGUUUGUUGGGGACCAAAGUCUGCCAACUUGGGAGUUUCAGCCGCAUCAGAGAACUUUGAAGCCUUAGCUUCAGGAAUAGCUACUCUCUGUGGUGUUUCAGAAGUCUCCAGGCAGGUCAAGUGUUGGGGCACUGGUAAAACGCUUCUUGCUUCUCCGGUUGGAACUCAGUUUGUGUCAUUGGCAGCUGGUGCAGAACAUUUUUGUGGGAUUCGAAUGGAUAACCAUGAGGUUGAGUGUUGGGGGAGCUUGAACUCAUCCUCCAUUCCAAAGGGUUCUGGGUUCUUUGCGAUUGCUUCAUCUGAUUUUAUUACAUGUGGUAUUAGAGAAGAUAAUUUGGUACUUGAUUGCUGGUUCACUAACUCAUCGCGGCAACUGGAUUAUGAUCCUCCAUUGCAGUUGUGUAGCCCAGGUCUAUGUAGUCCAGGUCCUUGUGGUGAAGGUAAAUUUUCCUUUAAUGCAAGCAUCCUGAAUGAGCCAGAUCUAACCAGUUUAUGUGUUCGGAAAGAUCUCCAGAUUUGUUCACCUUGUGGAUUGAACUGUUCUCAAGGGUUUUUCCCUUCUAGUUCCUGUAGUGAGAAUGCCGAUAGAGUAUGCACAGCUUGCUCUCUCUGCCAGAAUAGUUCCUGUUGGGAUGUGUGUGAGCUCCAAUCAUUGCCAGAAAAGCAGAAGAACCACAGCAAGCAAUUACGUAUACUAGUUCUGAUAAUCGGGUCUGCUGCUUCAGGUUUUAUCUUUAUGGUAAUUAUCUGCUGUGUUUUAUCCCGUGUGAUUGCCACCAAAAACAGGGAAGGGAAUAAACAAUUCGUCUCCUGCAUUGGCAAACCCAAGUUAGAAAAGGAGACAACUGCAGAUCCACGUCCUACUGCUCCUGCAGCCCCGUGUCCAGGCAUUGCUCAAGUUUUCAGACUCUCGGAACUAAAAGAUGCAACCAAUGGAUUCAAGGAGUUCAAUGAGCUUGGCAGAGGAAGCUAUGGUUUUGUUUAUAAAGCCGUCCUUGUGGAUGGGAGGCAUGUAGCAGUAAAGAGGGCAAAUGCAGCUACAAUAAUUCACACAAACAGCCGGGAAUUUGAAAUGGAGUUAGAAAUCCUCUGUAAUGUCUGGAACAGCAAUAUUGUGAACUUGUUGGGUUACUGUGCAGAGAUGGGGGAAAGGUUGCUUGUAUAUGAGUUCAUACCCCAUGGAACACUUCACGAUCAUCUCCAUGGGGGGCUUUCUCCACUUAAUUGGAGCCUCAGGUUGAAGAUUGCAAUGCAGGCUUCAAAAGGGCUUGAGUAUCUUCACAAGGAGGUUGUGCCCCCAAUUGUUCAUCGGGAUGUUAAGAGUUCCAAUAUUCUUCUGGAUGCUGAAUGGGGUGCACGAAUUGCAGAUUUUGGACUUCUUACGCCAAACGAGAGGGAUGUUAAUUCAGACAUGAAAGAUGAUGUAUACAACUUUGGUAUUGUGCUGCUAGAGAUUCUUAGUGGGAGAAAAGCUUAUGAUAGAGAUUGCACGCCCCCAAGUAUAGUUGACUGGGCAGUGCCCCUAAUUAGAAGGGGUAAGGCAGCUGCUCUUAUUGAUAGAUUUGUGGCUCUUCCAAGAAAUGUUGAACCCCUGCUUAAGCUUGCUGAUAUAGCAGAGCUCACACUGAGGGAAAAUCCUAGUGAUCGUCCUUCUAUGUCAGAUGUGGCAGCUGCUUUGGAGCAACUUGUUAAGGAUGGAUUAAUCUUGUAGGUUCCAAGUUAUUUUUUUUCUUGUCCUGUUUCAUUGAAUUGUUUGGAAGGAAAACAUAAGACGGCAGUCUUCAGUGAGUGCUAUCUCCUGCAAAUGUACAUUUUUAUGAGCUCAUUGUACAUCAUGUUGCUUGACUCACUCCUCUCCUCCCCAAAUAAAGGAGAAAACAUAAGAUAUUUUGUUUUCUAUUUCUUUUUUAACUUCCAAUUGUCAUACAGUGAAUGAGGUUAAGAUUUUUG